AUGAGUGAUAAUAUGAACCAAACGUACGAUAAGAAGAAGCAGUCGUUCGCGUGGUUUACCUUCGAGGACAACGCCAGCGAAGACACUGUGGACACCACUGUCACCAACAAGACUGUGGUUAAGACCAGAAGUGGUGAGUCGUGUGGAUUGAGUUGGAUUCCCAUCGAAGACGACAACGACAUCGAGAAUGAGAACAAAGAGACGGCGCCCAAGAAGUCGGUCAAGACUUAUGGCUUGAAUUGGAUCCCUUUCGGUGAGAACUCAGUGAAUGUGGUUCCGGACCACACCUUCUCUGUGCCCCACAGACUGCCGCCGAAGCUCACGAAGAAGAUGACACCAUCGAAGGUAACGCCCGCCAGAAGACCAUCGCCUGAGAAGUCACUGCGAAGACAGACAUUCAGAGUGACGCCUAAAUCGAGGGUUCAGUUGCCGCUCAUCGCCGCCAACACCACAACCACUACGAAGAAGAAGAGACGGUCGAGCGGUUCGAGUGGCGCCUCUUUCGCCGCUCUAAUGACUCCCAAAAACAAGUCAUCUUUGAAGUCGUUCGCCACAACGCCCUCCUCUGCGGCCAAGUCUUGCUAUGGCGUCGAAGAGAUUCAAUACAUGUCUUGGAUUAACGUUAUGUUAGCGCCGAAAGAGGACGAGAGGAAGGAAUCGAAAGUGGAUUCAAACCAAUUGAUUAUCGAUUGCUUCAAUUCAUCGAAAGUCAGUCUCUCUGUGUGUCCGACCAAAGAGGAAGUGUCGGCACAAACCUAUAGGGAAGCCGUCAAAUGGAAUCAAUUGAGGAGUUGUGCGACAGCUCUGUAUCGAUCCAAAGAUGUGAUGAAAAUCAACCAAAAGAUUGUGUCCGACAUUCGCAAAGAUAAGUACGGCGUCCGCAAAGACCGCGCCAUUCAUGCGGACGUCGGAGUCCGGAAACACAUCUUAGAUCUGUUGCUGUCAUAUAAUCCUCUGUGGCUUCGGAUCGGUUUGGAAACGAUAUAUAACCAGAAGAUUGAGAUCACGUCCAACUCUAUGACACAAAUGAGACUAACUUUAGGCAAAUUCAUUGCACAAAACCUGUUGGAGUCGAAGGAAUUGAUGGCUAAAUACGGACACAAGACUAUCACCCACUUCUUCAAAGAUGACAUCCAUGUACUCGAAGCCAAACAAUACAUUUUGAUUCGUUUCCUCCAUUUACUCAACUUCUUGGAUGCGGCCAAACAGAUGCGACUCAUUCAACACAAUCCCUGUCUCUUCCGUCUGAGCGCUCACUACAAGUCGACUCUCGAUCUCAUCAUAUCUUUCGCUCGCGAUUACAUCACAGGUGUCGGAGAUAUCACGAAAUACCUGAAGAGCUGCGGCUUUUCUAUCGCUUACAGACAGACGCCUAUCGAGGAGUUCGACUUCGAGGCCACGAAUUUGGCCACAGAUUUGCGAUGCGGUAUAAGACUGGCCCGACUCGCGGAACUGACCACUGAUAGCAGACAACUCUUACCUAAACUGCUAUUUCCCGCCAAUAAUAUCACUCGAAAGCUUCACAACGUUGAAGUGGCGCUCAAAGCCUUCAAAGCCAUUGUUCCCGAAGGCAUUGUCGCCAAAGAUAUAGUCAGCGGACACCGGAAGAAGACAUUCGAGUUAUUGGACGCCAUUAUAUUCAAACACAAAACCGAUCUAAUCUUAUUUGAAGAGCAAGUGUACGACCAGUCGGUUGUCUUCAUUCAGCGCCUCUUUAGAGCUAAUCGUCUCAUGAAAGCCGAGAAACAAAAGUUUGAAACUUUGAGAUAUUAUACGGUUUUAGUUCAGAGAAGGUUUCGGCAAAACUUGAAUAAUAUUCGCGACAAUCGACUCAUGAGGGAAGAGAAGCUAAGAUACGAAACCUUAAAGUCUUCAACGGUUUUGUGUCAGCGAUUGUUCCGCGCAAAGAGACUCAUGAGAAUAGAGACACAAAAUUAUCAAACACUGAAGUCUUCGGCAAUUGUUUGUCAACGACUUUUCCGCGCGAACCAACUCAUGAGAGUCGAGAAACAAAAGUACGAAACUUUAAAGUCUUCAACGAUCUACUGUCAGCGACUGUUCCGCGCCAACCGACUCAUGAGAGAAAAGAAACUAAGAUUUGAAGCCAUAAAGUCUUCAGCAGUUUUGUGUCAGAGAUUGUUCCGCGCGAAGAGACUCAUGAAUACUGAGAGACAAAAGUAUCAGACUCUGAGGUCUUCGGUAAUUGUUUGUCAGGAACUCUUCCGCGCCAAUCAACUCAUGAAAAUCAAGAAACAAAAGUAUCAAACACUGAGAACUUCAGUAAUCGUUUGUCAGCGACUCUUCCGCGCCAACCAUCUCAUGAGAGUUGAGAAACAAAACUAUCAAACACUGAGGUCUUCGGUAAUUGUUUGUCAGCGGGUUUUCCGCGCCAAUCAACUCAUGAGAAUCGAGAAACAAAAGUAUCAAACGCUGAGAACUUCGGUAAUCGUUUGUCAAGAACUCUUCCUCGCCAAUCGUCUCAUGAGGAUUGAGAGACAAAAGUAUCAAACACUGAGGUCUUCAGCAAUUGUUUGUCAACAGCUGUUCCGCGCGACUAGACUCAUGAGAAUAGAGACACAAAUAUAUCAUACACUGAGGUCUUCAGCAAUUGUUUGUCAGCAACUGUUCCGCGCCAAUCGUCUCAUGAGGAUUGAAAGACAAAAGUAUGAAACACUGAAAUCUUCGGCAAUUGUUUGUCAACGACUUUUCCGCGCGAACCAACUCAUGAGAGUCGAGAAACAAAAGUACGAGACUUUUAAGUCUUCAACGAUUUACUGUCAGCGACUGUUCCGCGCCAACCGACUCAUGAGAGAAGAGAAACUAAGAUUUGAAGCCAUAAAGUCUUCAGCAGUUUUGUGUCAGAGAUUGUUCCGCGCAAAGAGACUCAUGAAUACUGAGCGACAAAAGUAUCAAACACUGAGAUCUUCGGUAAUUGUUUGUCAACAGCUGUUCCGUGCGAAGAGACUCAUGAGAAUAGAGACACAAAUAUAUCAUACACUGAGAACUUCGGUAAUCGUUUGUCAACAGCUGUUCCGCGCCAAUCGUCUCAUGAGGAUUGAGAGACAAAAGUAUCAAACAUUGAGAUCUUCAGCAAUUGUUUGUCAACAGCUGUUCCGUGCAAAGAGACUCAUGAGAGUUGAGACACAAAAAUAUCAAACACUGAGAUCUUCGGUAAUUGUUUGUCAACAGCUGUUCCGCGCGAUGAGACUCAUGAGAGUUGAAAAACAAAAGUAUCAAACACUGAGAUCUUCGGUAAUUGUUUGUCAACAGCUGUUCCGCGCGAAGAGUCUCAUGAAGAUUGAGAGACAAAAGUAUCAAACAUUGAGGUCUUCAGCAAUUGUUUGUCAACAGCUGUUCCGUGCAAAGAGACUCAUGAAUACUGAGAGACAAAAGUAUCAGACUCUGAGGUCUUCGGUAAUUGUUUGUCAGGAACUCUUCCGCGCCAAUCAACUCAUGAAAAUCGAGAAACAAAAGUAUCAAACACUGAGAACUUCAGUAAUCGUUUGUCAGCGACUCUUCCGCGCCAACCAUCUCAUGAGAGUUGAGAAACAAAACUAUCAAACACUGAGGUCUUCGCGACUCUUCCGCGCCAACCAUCUCAUGAGAGUUGAGAAACAAAACUAUCAAACACUGAGGUCUUCGGUAAUUGUUUGUCAGCGGGUUCUCCGCGCCAAUCGUCUCAUGAGAAUUGAGAGACAAAAGUAUCAAACACUGAGGUCUUCAGCAAUUGUUUGUCAACAGCUGUUCCGCGCCAAUCAUCUCAUGAGGAUUGAGAGACAAAAGUAUCAAACAUUGAGGUCUUCAGCCAUUGUUUUUCAACAGUUGUUCCGCGCAAAGAGACUCAUGAGAGUUGAGAAACAAAAAUAUCAAACACUGAGGUCUUCAGCAAUUGUUUGUCAACAGCUGUUCCGUGCAAAGAGACUCAUGAGACUUGAGAAACAAAAGUUUAAUAAAUUGAGAGUUUAUACGAUUUUAAUUCAACGAAGAUUUCGAUCAAACUUUAAGGACAUCCGGGAGAGAAGGGCUGCCAUCAAAAUACAGUCGUUAUGGAGAGGAUAUACGACUCGAAAACGCAUUCACGAGGAGAACGAGAAGAUUGAGAAAGCCUUCCAACGGAUACUGACAUCGACUUCAUUGGCCACCGAAGACAUGCAAUUAGGAAACCGAACGCAUAAUGCACUCCAGAAACUGCUGUCUUAUGAAUCACUACUACUUUUGGCCCACGAUUUGGAGGCAUUGGAUCGCACGACACGACUGUCACCGGAAUCGUGUGAAACACUUGUCUAUUACGAUGCCAUCAGAAUCCUUCUUCAGAUCCUCAAUGAGAUGAAUCACUACUACUUUUGGCCCACGAUUUGGAGGCAUUGGAUCGCACGACACGACUGUCACCGGAAUCGUAUCCUCAAUGAGUCCAAUCGUAGCGAACCUCACAAACAGAUCAUUGCUCUCACCGUUAAUAUUCUCCUAAAUAUCGCCAAAAACGUAAAGAAAGAUAAGCGCAAAGUGGAGGCAAUCAAACAGAUUAGCGAUCACUCGAUGAAAGACAAGUCAUUCAAGAAAUACAAACUGAGAACUAAUUACAAGUUUUGUCCGAAUUGGCAAAUCGGUAGAAGAAAUGUCUAUGAAUUCGAUAACCAUUUCAUUGCUAUACAAGUGAUCAUUCGUCGGCUCAACAUAUAA